GUACUUUGUUUGUCAUUUUAGCAUUUCAGCUGUCAUUUCAGUCAAUGAAUAGCUUGAUACAUUUUAAUAAAUGUUAAACAGAAUUUAAAACAAUCUCACUGUGAAAUUACAGCAGUCUAGACAGCAGGAUCAGAGUGACCUGGUCAAAACGGUGUGACGGUAUGCCUAGAAUCAAAGGACAAAUAGAGGAGAGAGGGUACUGGGGCAGUAAAGCAGAGUUUAUUUUAGCUGUGGCAGGGAUUGUGAUUGGUCUGGGUAAUGUGUGGAGGUUUCCUUACCUCUGCUACAAGAAUGGAGGAGGGGCGUUCCUGAUACCCUACCUGGUGUUUGUUGUUACCUGUGGGGUGCCUCUGUUCCUCCUAGAGACGGCUAUGGGACAGUACACACAGGAAGGGGGCAUUACAUGUUGGCAUCGCCUCUGUCCACUGGCUGAGGGUAUUGGCUAUGCAGGACAGCUGAUAGUGCUGUACAGCUGCAUGCAUUACAUCAUCAUUCUGGCCUGGGCAUUUUUCUACCUAAUCUCUUCUUUCAGCUCCCAACUGCCAUGGGACAGCUGUGACAACACCUGGAACACAGAUGAUUGUGUAAAUUUCGCUGCAAAGAAUCUGACCCUAAACUGGACAACGCUGAUUAAUUCAACCUCUGCAGUUACUGAGUUCUGGAAACACAGAGUGCUGGCCCUAUCUGGAGGUAUUGAGGAGAUUGGUAAAAUCAACUGGGAGAUUCUUCUGUGUCUCAUUGCAAUGUGGAUCAUAUGUUAUUUCUGUGUCUGGAAAGGAGUCAAAUCUACAGGCAAGGUAGUGUAUUUCACAGCCACAUUUCCUUAUGUGAUGCUACUGGUGUUGCUGAUUCGUGGGUUGACUCUUCCUGGAGCUCUGCAGGGUGUUGUGUUUUACCUGUACCCUGAACUGGCUCGUCUCGCUGACCCACAGGUUUGGAUGGAAGCAGGAGCUCAGAUCUUUUUCUCCUAUUCUAUAGGAACAGCCUCUCUUACUGUAUUAGGCAGCUACAAUAAAUAUAACAACAACUGCUACAGGGACAGCUUAUGGCUUUGCCUUCUGAACAGCAGCACCAGUUUUGUGGCUGGCUUUGCUGUCUUCUCAGUCCUGGGCUUCAUGGCUCAAAAGCAGGGUGUCCCCAUUGAGGAGGUGGCAGAAUCAGGUCCAGGACUAGCAUUCAUAGCUUAUCCACAGGCAGUAGCUAUGAUGCCUUUCCCUCACUUGUGGGCUGUUUGUUUCUUUAUCAUGAUUAUUUUGCUGGGACUAGAUACACAGUUUGUUGCGAUGGAAGUUUUCAUGACAUCAGUGAUGGACUUGUACCCUAUGGUACUGCGCAAAGAUGGACGUCGAGAAAUAUUCCUUCUACUUUUCUGUCUUGUUUGCUUCUUCAGCCAACUUGUCAUGGUUACAGAGGGGGGCAUGUAUGUAUUCCAGUUGUUUGACUAUUAUGCUUGCAGUGGAGCCUGUAUACUUUUCCUCUGUGUGUUUGAGUCUUUGGCCAUGGGUUGGGUUUUUGGGGCUGAGAGAAUGUUUGACGUCAUUGAAGACAUGACAGACUCACGACCCAAUUACAUGUUCAUGCUGUGCUGGAAAUACCUGACUCCUCUCGUGUCCCUGGUGUCAUUUGUCUGUUCAAUGGUGAAGUACAAGCCUCUCACUUUUAACCGCUGGUAUGUGUACCCGGACUGGGCGUACGCACUAGGCUGGUUACUGGCCCUGUCCUCCAUUCUGCUGGUGCCUGGAUGGGCACUGAUUCGAAUGUUUACUGAGAAAGGAAGCCUAAAACAGCGUUGGCAUCACCUGUGCAGUCCUGACACAAACCUCCCUUUUAUCUGUAAGCAACAAGCUGAAAUAGAAGAAAAUACCUUCAUCGCAGAGAUGGAAGACUUAGUCAGGAGAAGCACAAACUAAAAGAUGCUCAGCCUGGCUAUUUAUUAGGGGCCAAGCACCGAAGGUGCGGAGGCACCUAUUGUUAUUGUUGGCGUUCUUUUUUUUUUUAUUAUUAUUCU